AUGACAAAUCGACUUCGUCGUCGAUCUGGUUCAAAUAAUGAUAGUCGAGAUCAAACAAAUGCAUUUCUAGAUCAAAGUGGUAAAUUAUCAUCAUCACAUACACGUGAACAUCGAUAUCAUUAUCAACAAAAUAGUAUAAGUGGACAUUGUUUAUCAUCAUCAUCAAGUUCAACAACGACAACAAAACGAAAAUCAAGUGAUGAUCCAAAUGGUGGUAAUUCAAAACGAGGUAAAACAAAAACAACUCAAGAAAAAUCAUCCUUACCCGAUAUCAAUCGUUUUACAAGUCCAAUAACAGCAUUUCGUCGGAAGAAGAAAACACCUGGUAGUAGUAAUGAUCCAGGUUUUCCAUUUAAAAUUGAACAUUCACAUUUACCACAACUACUUCAUUUUACUGAUGAAGUUCCAUUACGUUUUACAAAUGCUGUUAUUAAUACAGCUUCAUCAUCAUCAUCAUCGUCAUCAACAACAACACCAAAUGGUUCAAUAACAACAUUAACAUCAUCGAUUGUCAAUAAUAAUUCAUUUGUUCUAGGUGCACUUCAACCAUCAACAAUGAUUCCAUCGGAAACACAACCUUCAUUAUUAACAAAUCCAACACCAGCUGCAUGUAUUAAUAAAUCUCUUGAUGCAAAAAAACUUAAUCUAUUAGAUUCAUGGAAAUGGCCAAAAUCGAGUCGAAAAGCCGAACGAAAACCUCUUGUAGCUAUUCAUGCACCUAUGUUACUUUCUUCAGCAGUUGGUUCAUCAUCUCUUUCACAAUCUCCUCCAUCACCAAUAAAACCAAUAAAUGGAUCAAAUUCAUCAUCAUCAUCAUCUCAACAAAUAGGAGGUAGUUCUUCAAUAAUGCAUUCAAGUUUUGGUGUACCACGUCGUCAUUCUGAUGAUGUUGUUAGUACAUCAUUAUCAACAACAGUUUAUCGUCCACGUCGUUCAAUAUCAUCAAGUGGUGGUCAACAACAAACACGUCAUAUUGUUUGUAUGCUUAAUAAUUAUUCUCAUUCAUUAUCAUCAAAUCAACAACAAAAUACAAGUGAUGAUGAUGAUGAUGAUAAUAAUAAUGAUGAACAAACACAAAAUAUACAAUCAAUACCAAGUAAUCUCAAUUUAACACAAGAAUCAUUUGAUGAUGAAGAUGAUAUAUCAAAUGAACUUAAUUUAGCUGUUGUUGUUGGUAAUGAAGAUGUACAAUCAUUACGUGCAUAUUCAACUGAACAAACAAAUCAAGAUAAUGGUUCACUUAAUGUUGCAUUUAUUGAUGAAACAGAUAUUGAACGACAAAAAAUUCAUGAACAACGUGAUCAAUCAAAUGCAAUGGAUAUACCAAAUAAUGAAAAUGAUACAUUAUCACAAACAAUUAUUGCUAAUUGUGAACAACAAUCAAUUGAAAUGCAAGAUAUAUGUCAAACAAAUGAUCUUGAUGAUAUUUUACGACGAAAUGAAAAUCGUUGUAUUCGAUUAACAGAUUCAGAUGAUGAAGAACAUGUUAAUUUUAGUUUAUCAAUGAAUCGUAUAACACCACCAAGAAUUAAACAAGAUGAAUUAAAAUCAACAACACCAAAAAUGCCUGUUCGUUUAUCAUCAUCAAUAUCAAAUUUAAUAUCAACAAGUUCAUUAACAUCAAUAUGUAAAGAACGAUCAUUAUCAUGUUCAUUAUCACAAACAACAAAUGAAUUAUUUCAUUCAAAAAAUCUUGGAGAAAACGACGAGAAUAUUGGUGUACUCAAUGGUGGUCGAGAAAGUAUUCUUCAACUUAAAGGUGAAUUAGCUGGUCGUGUUUUAAGACAAGUACGAGCUUUUGAACAACGUUCAUCAGAAAAUAUACAAAAUCGUUCGAUUGUACCAUCAUGUACAUCAGUAUUAUCAUUACAACAAAAAUUACAUGAUAAUAAAAAUAUUUUAACAAUGAAAUCAUUAUCAACAUUAUCAUCAUUAACAAUAAUGAAUACACCUGAACAAAAUCUUAUUGAACAAGCAUUAAAAAAUUCAAAUAAAAUAAUUUCAUCGUCGAAUGGUACCGGUGAAGUAACACGUUCAGUAAAACGUUUACAAAAUACACCAAUACGACGAUGGAAAGAACGUGCUAGAGAAUUUGAACGACGUCAUCAAUUAACACCACCAUAUCGUUUAUUAAAUAGAAAACGAAAAUGA